AUGGCUUCAGCUGGUUAUACUCGCCCACAAAACUACUUAAACAUUGCCGAUGAUGAUGAAGCAGCGCUCGACAUUCAAAUCGACUCCAAUAAUACACAGUCCACAGGUAAAAAUUCUGUCAAAGCACUUCAUGGUCAAGUUCAAGAAGUUGUUGGUGUUAUGAAACAAAAUAUUGACAAACUAUUGGAUCGUGAUGUUGCAUUAAACAAUCUCGCGUCACGUGCUGACGAUCUCCAUUCAUCGGCUACCAAUUAUAAUCAAACGGCAAAACAAUUAAAAAGAAAAUACUGGUGGAAACAUGCUAAAACAAAUGUAUGCAUUGCUGGUAUUAUCAUAACAGUUAUAAUCAUCAUCAUUCUGUCGAUCGUAUUGAGUCGCGGCAAAAAAUAA